AUGAAACUUCUAGGAGCAAUCAAAGCAGUGCAAAAUUUGUCCAAGUUUCAACGUGGACGCCGAGUCCCUACAGUGAGGGUUACUCCAGUUCGUUCAGAUUUGGAAAAAUAUUUAGGGUUGCCGGCGGAGGUGGGAAAGUCUAAAUCAACCCUGUUCGAUUAUAUUAAGGACAGGGUUCUUCAGAAAUUAGCCGGGUGGAAAGAGAAAAUUCUCAACCAAGCUGGGAAAGAGGUGUUGCUUAAAUCUGUAGCUUUGGCCCUUCCGGUAUAUGCUAUGUCCUGUUUUAAGUUACCGGAAGGGUUGUGUCACCAAAUCGAAGCGGCUAUGGCUAGAUUUUGGUGGGGUCAAAAAUGUGAUGAACGAAAAAUUCACUGGAUGAAAUGGAGUCGGCUAUGCAAUCCUAAAUUCAAGGGAGGACUAGGGUUUCGAGAUCUUACAUCUUAUAAUUUGGCUCUCUUAGCAAAACAAGGAUGGAGGAUUAUAAUGUCUCCAGGAUGCUUAUUGGCCCAGAUUCUUAAAAGUAGAUAUUUUAAGGAUAGUUUGUUUAUGGAAGCUGAGUUGGGUUCUAAUCCGUCAUGGGUUUGGCGAAGCAUUUGA